UAAGCAAUCAUAAGUCACCUCUAUAUAAGGAGAUCCUCAUGUGAGGUUUUCUUAUACCAACCUUUCUCAGCAAUCUUAUUAACUUCCCUUCAAGGAUCCACCAAGAGAGAGAGAGGGAGAUGGGUGAGAAAGAGCACAAGAGCCUAAAAAAGGUGACAAAAUUCCUACUUUCAAUUUCAUUUCUCUCUUUGUUAUUAACUCAAUUUUCUUGGCUUUAUAUUUUCCAUUCCUUGAAGUUCUACCUCUCAACAUUACCCUUUCAAUUGUACACACACUCCAUAGACAAGAAUUGCAUGUUCCUCCUAUGCAAUGGACUCCUAGUCUUCGUGGCAAAAGACUUUGGCUUGAUCAAUUUUUCAAAACCCAAGUCUAAAUCAAACCAUACCCAUGAACCCAUCAAGGAUUAUCUAACUACUCACCCACAACCUCAUGAGAUUGAGGUAUCACAAGAGAUUUCAUUGGAGGAUAGUACUAAUCAAAAUGCACUAGUGAAUGAUCAAGAACAUGAUCAUUUGUACAUGAAUCAAGAGGAUGUGAUUGUGAGAAUUCCAACCCAAGAGUUGAUGAUUGCUGAGGAUGGUGAAGAACAAGAAGGAGAUCAUGAUCAAAGUGGGUUUUUGUCCACAAAGUGGGUUCUUGUGGAUGAAGAUGGAGGAGAAGAAGAGAAAAGAGUACCACAUAGUGGAUUUUCCCACAAUAUUGAAGGAGACCAAGAAGAAGAAGAAGCAGAAGAACUCAACAAGAAAUUUGAAGAGUUCAUUAGGAAGAUGAAGGAGGAACUAAGGAUUGAAGCAAGAAAAAAGCUAGUUAUGGCUUAGUGACAUGAUACACCUUAUUAAGUCAAGACUAUAGUUUGAAAUAUAGUAAUGUUUUGUAAAAUAAUUAUAUAUACAAUCUUUUUUUAUGCA